CCCAGCCGGGUACCGUGGUGGUGGGCGUUGACCAGCCGACCCGCAGCGGCCACCCCGUCAGGAUGACCUGCCCGACAUGCCAGCAGAAUAUACAAACAACUGUCGAGUAUGAGAUCGGGCUUUUUACCUGGCUCAUGGUCGGCGGCGUUUGUCUCUUCGGGUGCGCAAUUCCGCUCGUGUGGCUGGGGUGCUGCUUCAUCCCUCUGUGCAUCAAAGACCUUAAGGACGCCAAACACACCUGUCCUAACUGUAACACUCACCUGGGCACCUACAAAAGGGCAAAGUAAACACUCGCAAUGCUGUUUUCCCUUUUAAUUUUCAGCUACUUUUUAAUGUUUGAAAUGUGAAGUGUAUAUUUACCGACUUUUAACCGUUUAAAAAAAAACGCAACUGGAACGGGACCAAACAAUUUUUAUAGUUAAGGAAAAGUUUCAGGAACAAUUAUUUUUAUUGUACGCUAAUGAAGAGAAAAAUGCUAAUUGUUAGGUAUAAACGGGAACGGUAUACGUAUCACUCUACUGGUAAAUAAUUACUGGUAAACAAGGAUUUGGGAUAUAAAAUUUACUUGUUAAUCAAAAGAUAAUGAAUUUCUUGCUGGUGAAUCAUAAUCAAGUUUUUAACGCGGGAUAAAGUAUCUUAUUUUCUAUACAGUGAAUAUGCUGAUAAAAGUUGUUUUUUUAUUGGAGCCAACCGUUUCUGAUUGUUAUGUACCUAUAUCCUAAAAUCACUGAAAGAAAACGAUGGUUUCCAGUUUUUGAUGGUCGAUAUGAACGCCUGCGCUUUGACUGUGCAGCAAGGGCCUCUAGCGACUUGUAGUGGAACAUGUUAUCAUAAUAUGUACAUUUCUUCUUAAAUUUGAGAGAAAAAAAUAAUACGCUAUGCAUGUGCUGUACACAUUUUGUUUAACAAGUCAAUGAAAUUAUGCAUUAACCACAAUGUGGCGCUUUAGACAAAUUCAUAGUUCUACAAUGGUGUUUUUUUUUUAAAGAUUUUCUUUCAGUUAUAGAUUCUUAACCUGCUGUAUUGAAAUAAAGAAAUAUAACAUUUUGA